AAUACAACCACCUCAAACACACCCUGCAGAAAAUGUCCUACCCUACUUUUGACUUCAACACCACUGCCGAGGACGUCGCGACGGCUUUCGCGGAUGAGAUCAAGGGCAAGAACGUUCUUAUCACUGGGACCUCCAUCAACGGGAUCGGAUUUGAGACUGCGCGAGUGAUCGCAAAAUAUGCAAACUUGGUUGUGAUCACUGGGUACAAUGGGGAGCGAUUGAAGCUCACGGAGGCUGCAAUCAGGAAGGAGGUCCCGCAAGCCAACAUUCGUACUCUGAUCCUGAACCUCUCGUCCUUCGCCGCCGUCCGCACCGCCGCAGCAGAAGUCAACGCCUACGACGAGCCGAUCCACGUCCUGAUCAACAAUGCGGCAGCUCCGAUUGGUCCGUUCAAACUGACCGUCGACGGAUUCGAGAAUCAAAUCGCAACUGACCACCUCGGGCCGUUCCUCUUCACAUCACUCAUUGCCCCCAAGAUCAUCGCUAGCAAAACGGAGAAGUUCACACCGCGAGUGGUGUUUGUGUCGAGCAUCGGGCACACCUGGGGCAAGGGUGUCAACUUCGAGACGCUCGUCAAGCCCGACCCCGAGAAGUACGAGAUAUUCGACGCGUACUUCCAGGCCAAGUCCGCAAAUGCGCUGACAGCGGCUGAGCUCUCGCGGCGAUCCGGUGGAAAAAUCAACGGAUACAGUCUGCAUCCGGGAUCGAUUGUGACGAACAUCACCAACAAGGAGGAGUCACUCGAGCCUUUCAAGGCCCUGGGGAUCCUCGGGUCGGACGGCCAACCGAACACGCAGGACUUCCAAUGGAAGACGAUCCCCGAGGGCGCGGCUACGAAUGUCGCGGCUGCUUUUGACCCGCGCCUCGACGCAAGCCCCGGCGCAUACCUGGACGACUCGAAGGUCGCAAAUGACAAGCUCGCGGCGCACACCGCGGAUCCGGCCAAUGCCGCCAAGUUGUGGGAUUUGUCGGAGCAGAUCGUGGGAACCAAGUUCACCUUUAAUUAGAUCAAAAUAAUGCGGUGCGGUCCACAGGAUCAGCUCUAAUUAUUUAAUUGUGCAAAACCGUUUUAAGAAAUUAUGCCCGACUGGAGCUACGACGAU